GAUCAUAUCUCACAUGAACUUUAGAGCCGACCUGCGUUUGUCAAGAUUCUGAACACUGUACACACAGAUCAUUUGUGCUGCUCUGCUGUCACUCCAAUUUAACUCUUGCUUAUGAUUUGUAGGCUAUAAUUUUUAAAACUUGACAUAGGGUUAUUAAUUUUGAACAGACAGCAGGGAUGGCAGAGCCCGGCGGGAUCUUGAUAAAAGGAGGUCAAGUUGUGAAUGAAGACUGCUCCGUGCUCAGCGACGUCUACGUUGAGAAUGGGAGAAUAGUUGAAGUUGGACUGAACCUGCAGAUCCCAGGGGGGGUGCGAGUCAUCGAUGCUACCGGGAAACUGGUGAUCCCGGGCGGCAUCGACACGCACACACACAUGGAGCUGGCGUUCAUGGGCACCAAGGCUGUGGACGACUUCCAUAUCGGAACCAAGGCAGCGCUAGCAGGAGGGACCACAAUGAUCCUGGACUUUGUUAUCCCCCAAAGGGGCCAGUCUCUCCUGGAAGCUUACAACUGUUGGCGAAAGAGAGCCGACCCCAAAGUUUGCUGCGACUACUCGCUGCACGUUGCCGUCACCUGGUGGAGUGACAAGGUCCAAGAAGAGAUGCAGACGCUGACCAAAGAGAAGGGAGUCAAUUCCUUCAAGAUGUUCAUGGCCUAUAAAGAUGUGUUCAUGCUGCAGGACUCGGAGCUCUACGCUGCCUUCUCCCAGUGUAAGGAGCUCGGAGCUAUAGCUCAGGUGCAUGCUGAGAAUGGAGACCUGAUUGCAGAGGGGACUAAGAAGAUGCUGUCUCUGGGCAUCACGGGGCCAGAGGGCCAUGAGCUGUGUCGGCCCGAGGAGGUGGAGGCCGAGGCCACCCAGCGAGCCAUCACCAUUGCCCACGCUGUCAACUGCCCCCUGUACGUGGUCCACGUCAUGAGCAAAUCUGCCGCCAAGGUGGUGUCUAACGCACGCCGAGACGGGCGGGUGGUGUUUGGGGAACCCAUUGCAGCUGGACUGGGCACCGACGGUACUCACUGCUGGCACAAAGACUGGGCCCACGCUGCUGGAUUUGUCAUGGGUCCUCCCCUCAGACCUGACCCCAGCACCCCUGGGUACCUCAUGGACCUACUGGCCAAUGAUGAUCUCAGUGUGACGGGGACAGACAACUGCACCUUUUCUGUGUGCCAGAAGGCUCUGGGCAAAGACGACUUCAGCAAGAUCCCGAAUGGAGUGAACGGAGUGGAGGACAGGAUGUCUGUCAUCUGGGAGAAAGGAGUGCACAGCGGCAAAAUGGACGAGAAUCGAUUUGUGGCCGUCACCAGCAGCAACGCAGCAAAGAUCUUCAACUUCUACCCCCAGAAAGGCCGUAUCGCCAAGAACUCGGAUGCUGAUGUGGUAAUAUGGGACCCUAAGAAGACAAGGAAGAUUUCAGCCGAGACCCACCACCAGGCCGUGGACUACAACAUCUUCGAGGGCAUGGUGUGCCACGGUGUCCCUGUCGUCACCAUCUCCCGGGGCAAAGUGGUCUACGAGGACGGGGGGCUGAAGACAUCACCGGGGCACGGCCGAUUCAUCCCCAGAAACCCCUUCUCUGAGUUUGUUUACAAAAGAAUCAAGCAAAGGGAUCAGGUGGGGAAACCUACAGCUGUGAUCAGGAAGCCCUAUGAAGGCAAAGUCAUUUCUCUGUGAACCACUGGCCUAGAACCUGAAAGGCACUUUGAAUCUCCAGCUGUGUGUCUCCAGGACAAUCCAUGAAGCUACCAAAGCCAAAGACAACUUACAGUGAUGCCGUUUCACUGAUAAACCUGCACCGAGAUAUUUCUGCAAGUCAUGCAUACAAUACUCAGCCAUUUACUUUUUUAGGUCCACUCUGAUC